AUGUCCUCCCCAGCGGGCCGCCGCACCACGCGGAGCUCCCAGGCAGGCACGCCCAAUGCGCGGAACACUCGCAACUCUCAGGCACGCAGCAGCCCGGCAGCAGCGGCGACUGCAGCGGCGACAGGCACACCCCGUAACCAGCGCGCGCCGUCGUCCCAGCUGCAGUCCAGCCCUAUGCUGUACGAGUCGUCCCCAGCCGCCGACGUCAAUAUGGGCGGUGCCUCAUCGCCGCUGCGACAGAUGAGCGAUACACAGAGCACUCAGGACGCGCUCCACAGCGCCGACCACCCCAUGCGCGGCCUGGCACCGAGCUCGCCGCUUGCCCACGAGACCCAGAGCGUGUCGGCCGGUGAUCGUACACCACGGGCCAACCGUGGCCUUCUUGGAGAAUCCUCUCCUAUUCAUUACGACCCCAGCUCCAGUCCCGGCCACCAUCUCGGCUUCCAGUCCGAUCUGCGCAGCGAGAGCAGCGCGCUCUUUGUCGACCAGCGCUCAGGAUCGAUCGGCCCUGGCCGCUCACGCCGUGGUGACAUCAACUCGGACGCACUGCGCACGCCGCGUGCGCCGCCUCGCCGCAUCAUGCUCGACGAUGGUGGCCAUGUUCUGAGCGAGGGCAUGGCACCCCGCUCGGACACGGGCUCCUUUGCCAACAACAACCCCGACACGUCCGAGGCCCAGGCCCUCGGCGGCCUGAGCCAGAGUCUGAUUUGGGGCACAACCGUGUCCAUUGAUGACACCUUUGCCUCGUUCAAGGACUUCCUGCGCAACUUCACCAAGAAGUACCGCAUGUGGCUCGACGGCAUGACCGAGGCCGAGACAGAGGGCCUGCCCGAUGCAGAGUCCAAGCCCUACUGGGAGACCAUGCAGAACAUGCUGCUGCUGGGUUCCUCGCGCCUCUACGUCGAUGUGCGCGAUCUCAAGGCCUACCCGCGCACCAACAAGCUGUGGUACCAGGCCCAGGCGUAUCCCCAGGAGAUUGUGCCCAUCAUGGACCAGUCCGUGCACGAUCUCAUGUCAGAGCUUGCUCACACAGAGGCCAACCGCCAAAAGGCCGCUGCCGCCGCCCUGUCGCAAAGCAGCGCUGGCAACAACAGCGGCCGUGCGCUGAGCGUGAGCCAGAGCUCCGACCUCAACUUCCCCAGCUCCGAGCGCAGUGAGGAGCCGCCCGCCACACCGCGUGCGUCCCAGCAGCAGGCGCUUGCAGCGACGCAGGCCGCACAGACCCUCGAGGACGACGUCAGCAAGACCGUGUACAUCGUGCGGCCCUUUGGCCUGGACAAGUCGACGAACCUGCGCGAGCUCAACCCGUCCGAUAUGGACCGUCUCAUCUCCAUCAAGGGCCUUGUCAUCCGCACCACGCCCGUUAUCCCGGACAUGAAAGAUGCCUUCUUCAAAUGCCAGGCGUGCAACCACUCCGUCACUGUCAGCCUCGACCGCGGCAAGAUCCGCGAGCCGACGGAGUGCCCGCGGCCCACCUGCCAGACCAAAAACUCCAUGCAGAUUGUCCACAACCGCUGCAUCUUCGAGGACAAGCAGGUCAUCAAGCUGCAGGAGACGCCCGACGCUGUCCCCGCCGGUCAGACCCCUCACUCCGUGUCUGUGUGCGUCUACAACGAGCUUGUCGACUUUUGCAAGGCUGGCGACCGUGUCCUGAUCACGGGCAUUUUCCGUGUCAGCCCGGUUCGCGUCAACCCACGCCAGCGCACCAUCAACAGCGUGCAUAAGACGUAUGUCGACGUCCUGCACAUCCAAAAAGUCGACGCCAAGCGCCUGGGCAUCGACCCGUCGACCCUGGAGCUGGAUGACGACGAUGUCGAAGCGGCUAUCCUGGCCGAGCAAAACGAGACCAGCGGCGGUGGUACCGGCGGUAACCACAUGGAGGAGACACGGACCUUCACGCCCGAGGAGGAGGCCAAGAUCAAGGAGACGGGUGCCCGUGCCGACGUCUACGACCUGCUGUCGCGGUCGCUGGCUCCAUCGAUCUACGAGAUGGACGACGUCAAGAAGGGCAUCUUGCUACAGCUGUUUGGCGGCACCAAUAAGUCCUUCAAGAAGGGCGGCAGUCCCCGCUACCGCGGCGACAUCAAUGUCCUGCUGUGUGGUGACCCGUCCACGGCCAAGUCGCAGAUGCUGGGCUACAUCCACAAGAUUGCGCCGCGCGGUGUCUACACGAGUGGCAAGGGCUCCUCUGCCGUUGGUCUGACCGCCUACGUCGCGCGUGAUCCGGAAACGCGGCAACUGGUGCUCGAAUCGGGUGCUCUUGUCCUCUCUGACGGCGGCGUGUGCUGCAUCGACGAGUUCGACAAGAUGUCUGAGAGCACACGGUCCGUGCUGCACGAAGUCAUGGAGCAGCAGACGGUGUCGGUCGCCAAAGCAGGCAUCAUCACCACGCUCAACGCCCGCACAAGCAUCCUAGCAUCGGCCAAUCCCAUUGGCAGUCGCUACAACCCCGAAUUGCCCGUGCCGCAGAACAUUGACCUGCCGCCGACGCUGUUGUCGCGGUUCGACCUGGUGUACUUGAUCCUGGACCGCGCCGAUGAGAAGACGGACCGCCGCAUGGCCAAACACCUGCUCUCCAUGUACCUGGAAGACACACCCCAGUCGGCACGCUCGGCCAACGAGAUUUUGCCUGUGGAGUUCCUGACGUCGUACAUUUCGUAUGCACGCGCCAACAUUCACCCCGUGCUGUCGACGGAGGCCGGCCAGGCGCUCGUGGAGGCGUAUGUCGAGAUGCGCAAGCUGGGCCAAGAUGUGCGUGCCGCCGAGAAGCGCAUUACGGCGACUACGCGGCAGCUCGAGUCCAUGAUCCGUCUCGCCGAGGCCCAUGCCAAGAUGCGCCUCUCCUCCGAAGUCACGGGCGACGACGUCCGCGAGGCGUACCGUCUGAUCCAGUCGGCCCUUAAGACGGCCGCCACCGACGCCCAAGGCCGCAUCGACAUGUCGCUGCUGACCGAGGGCACCAGCGCUGCCGAGCGCAAGCGCAAGGCCGAUUUGCGCGCGGCGAUCCUGCGCAUGCUAGACGAGGCCCUGACGGGCGGCCAGACGAGCAUGCGCUACUCGGAGGUGGCGCGGCGCAUGGCUGAAGCCGCGAGCGUGCCCAUUGAGUCGGCUGACCUGGCGGAGUGCCUUCGAGGCCUUGAGAUGGACGGGUCCGUCACGGUCACGGGUGAGGGCGCACGGCGGACAGUGCGGCGGUCAACGGGCGUGGCGUAA